ACAUUUCCUUUUUGUGCAGCCAAUUUACGGAGAUUGGGAUGAGUACCGCCUGACUUACCAUACAUACCGGGGAGAUCUAGAAUAUGUCAAGUUCCGUGAGGAGAUAUCAGCAAAAAUUAAGUGGAUUGAAGACGAAGCAGCACUCUUUGGGGAUCAGCGGAUGAGAAACGAGCUAGUGGCUCUCUUUCAAUCAUUGAAGAUUGCACUGCAGUUUCGUAAUAUUCCUGGACGUUCAGUUAUGUCUGGCUUCAGAGAGCAUAUAAAUAACCUUCGGUUUGACUUCAAAGACAGGAGGGACUUGGUUGGUCUCUAUCUUGAGUUAUGGAAACGGGUUGCUAAGAAUAAGGUGAAUUUCGGUGAGGCUUUGAGGCAAUUGUAUAAAGAGGACAUUUUCCCCUCCCGCAAGGCUUUGAUCAAAUUUGCGCUGGAUAGCUGUCCAGACACAAGUUUGGUAAAAUAUAACUAUGAUACCUACGUGGAUGGCAUUGAUGAGAAGCUUCCGGAAGACGAAGCUCAUCCCUUGAUCAUGGAGGCCGUUAAGAAAAUGUUUAAGAAACGGAAGAGCUAUUUGGAUUACACCAGAAAGAAGUUGGAAAUCGCAGCGCGCAUUGGGUUGAUUCCCACAGCAGCCUAG